AUGGCUGAUCUCUACCCGCAGACCUACUCCACCCGUCAGGCCUACCACCGACAGGACUCUCAGCCGUACGGGCUCGGCACCACCAAUGCUAGUCUUGUCUACCCGCCCCAACUGCUCACCACCUCCCAGCCUACCCUCUCGGACGAACAGCAACAGCAGUCACAACAGCAGCAGCAGCAGCAACAGCAGGCUACUCAGCAGCAGCAGCAACAGCACGAUGCGAGCUCGCAGUCUCCCUCGCGCGACUCUCCGUCGCCCAAGCACGAGUCGCCUCCAGCGCAAAAGGCAGAGGGCGCGCCCCAGCAGGCCGCCAAGCCGCAGGCAACGUUCUUGACGAAACUCUACGCUCUGCUCGAGCGCCCUGAAAAUCACCACAUGAUCCGCUGGGACCCGGCGGGCGAGCACAUCAUCGUCGAGCGGCCAGAGCAGCUUGCGCUGCACGUCCUUCCCAGCGUGUACCGCCAAUCGCGUUUUGCUAGCUUCUCUCGGCAACUGAACAUCUACGGUUUUAUGCGCAAGGUGAACCUCCGCAAUGUCGAUCCUGCCAUUGAUGACCCCGACGCAAGCACCUGGUCGCACCCGACGCUCAAUCGUCACUCCCCUCCGGAGGUCGUCGCCAACUUCAAGCGGCGCGUUCCGCCUCGGCUGCCCAAGCCACGCAAACGUGACAACGAGGUUCCUCCCAUCGCUCCUCCACGUUCGGCAAUUGGUAUGGGUCCAGUCCCGCUUUCUUCCCCUACCCAGACCUUAUCACCGAACAAAGGUGCUCCUCGUGCACGGGGGUUCUCUGCGCCAGGCUCAUUCUCCCCGCUCAAUCAGCCCGGAGCUCCAGGAUGGACUUCAGCCUAUUCUCGAAGUACGCUUCCUCCUCUCACCGUUCCUUCGGACCCGCCCAUGUCGUCACAUACCGCCAUGUACUCGCAUUCGGCUCACCCUAUGCAUCCCAUAACCCCGACGGACGAUGCCCCGUCGUCUGCGUCGUUCAGCUCAAUGGCGUACGCCAGCUCUGGUCGAGAUGCGAUGAUGCUCCCGUCGCCGUCAUCACAGUAUCCGUACACGGAGCAAGCAAGCAACUGGUCGUUCUCUCCGACCAGCGCUGCGUCAAGUCACUCGUCAGGCAGUCUGUCGAGUCUGCUGAACCCCAGCAGUAACGUGAACGGCGGCUAUUCGAACGCGUCUAGGCCCCAGCCUCCGGCAAUUAACACGUACACUUCCUACAACAACAUUCAAAUGAGCCGGAACCACCAUAGCGCCGGUGGUCUGUCACCCGAUAGCCGGCCAACGUCGGGAUACUCGGUGUCGUCGAUGUCGUCGAUGCAGGACAACUAUGGUGACUCGCAGCACUACUCGCAUCACGAUUACUCACGUCCGGGCUCGAGCCAUCACCAGUCAACAGGCCGGCCACUGACGCCAUCGUCAUCCCGGCCGCCAUCGUCCAAGUCGUAUAAUUCCGGUUCUUUGAGCAUUCGAAGGGCGCGCAGGCACAGUCAAGCGAUGCAGCCAUACCCUUCGCCUUACGCCGAGCACCCGCCCUUGUCGGCCGGGUCUGAGCGUCCGUCAAGCUCGCCUCAGCCGGACGAACAUCCAGGCGGUAUCCAGCGAGUGCGCAGCAUGAUCCAACUGCCUUCGGUCGACACGUACGGCUUCAACCCGUCUCAGGCGGACUUUGCGUACGGCGCGGUGGACGACAGCCACGGACAGCACGGGCAUGCUAUGUACGGCGUCGCAAGCGGACGCAGCGUGCGACCAUCGACAUCAGCGUCGUCGCUUUCGACGAGCAGCAGCGCGGCCAACACGCCGGGAGGGGAUGGUUUUGGGGCAGGCGCUGGGGAGGCGGACAUCAACCGAUGUGAGUGA